CUUACUUCCACCUCAUCAUCCCUCAUAUCCCGCCCUCCGCUUGAUUUUCUUUCCUCUCUUUUCCCGCCUGAAUCUACCGUUGAAUUUUCUCAAUACCCUUCUGGUUCCUCGACAGCUCCCCCCGCCCCCUUUUCUUCUAUGUCUCCCGUUCAUGGGCGCCCCAGCCAGUUUAAUCUUUGUUAGUCUUGCAUCGGAACCCAAUCGGUGUCCAUGACAUCGCCCGGAGAUGCUGCUCCGGUCAGACCUCCGCCGUCUUUCUCGCCCGGCGUUCCCCGUGUCGCUUCGAAAUCGAGAUACCCAGACCAGCGGCGCGACUCGUCCCCGGCUUUAGAUGCAGACUUGGUGGAGUCGAGAAUCGGCGCAUCCCCUCCCCCUCCGCUCGCCUCGACGACGGCGGAGCUGCCGCUCAGGUCUGCGUCGCCUCAUGCCCGCUCGCUGAGGCCUUCAACGCCGCAAUUGGCUCGAUCUUCGCUCGGGUCUCCUAUCGAGGGGCGAGGGGAAGUGGCGGAGGAUUUACGGUCGUUGAUUCUACGGGCGUUCUCGCCGGUGGUCGGAGUGUACGCCUCCGUGGAUACCGACGAGCUAGUGCAACAAAAGGGGUUCAAGGGAGGCUUCUGGGACCUCAUUCGGCCGUUUGGGGAAAAUGUACCGGGCAAACUUGUCAUUCGGGAUAGCGUGGGGGCAAGCCGUGGCUGGGACGACUAUGGCGUUCGGUUUGUGGACCUGGGGAGCAGUCAGUGGGCUUCCGUUCCGGGUACGGAGCGAGUAUCGCCGCUCACUCAAGUGGAGGAGGUCUUGGAAAAGCAAUUGAACCCAGAUGGGAGUCUGCUGGGCGGAACACUGGGCGCUAAGGAUCUGCUGAGCUUUUCUUCGACGUCCCCGUUAUAUAAGAUGUUUCUGCGCCAGCUUCUUUCGGUAGCGACCGCGACGCCACACGAGACAUUUCGUCAUCCCGUCGCCAGUAUCAUCGUUAUCAGUUCGCGCAACACAUCACCCCUCGAGACCCUCAGGCGGCUAUAUGCAGACACCAGUAAUGGUGACAGAAGAUUGCCUGGGUGGAUUCAUCCGGAGUAUCUGCGAUACUAUGUCCUGGUGCACGACGAGGAUAGGGAUGAUAUAACAGAGUCCACCAAGCUCUAUGACCAGAUGAAACGGCACUUUGGACUUCACUGUCAUCUGCUGCGGUUACGGAGCAACCAAUGUGUCGUAACCGAUGAUGAUAGCGUCCAGGUGCCUGAAUGCGAAUGGCUGUCGCCGUCAGAACGUCUGUCAGACCAGGCGGCGCCCCUAGUGGAUCUCGACACGGAUGGCCUUCCUUAUCUAUUUGACUCCGACGUGACAGCAAUCAAAGCUUUUGUCCGCGAAUUGGUAGCGCAGUCUGUGGUACCAUUCAUGGAGAACCGAGUAUCCGUGUGGAAUGAUCAGGUGGCAUCUCGCAGGCGUGGGUUCAGCGGUCGUUUCAUGUCCAUGUCGCGACGAUGGGCAGGCUUUGGAUCGGGGUCUCGAUCCAGUUUUGCAGGGGCUGGAGGUGGAGCCAGUGGAAAUUACGACUCCGGCCAUGGCUUUUACAAACCCGGCGUACCGGAAGCUAUUUUGCGGAAGAUGGCCGAUUUUGCUUUUAUGCUUCGAGACUGGAAAUUAGCGGCAUCGACCUAUGAAUUGCUCCGCUCGGACUACGCAAACGAUAAAGCAUGGAGAUACCAUGCGGGCGCGCAUGAGAUGUGCGCCGUUAGUACACUCCUGGGUCCCAUUUCAGGACCAACCAAAGCCAAACUCGAGGGGAUUGAUCAAAUGCUUGAAACUGCCUGCUAUUCUUAUCUUACACGAUGCUCGGAUGCGCCCAACGCUUUGCGCUGUCUUUGUCUGGCAACGGAGUUGCUGAAAUUUCGUGGAGGCUCGGCGGUGGAGAGUGCGGCUAAAUGGGCCAUGCGGGCCAUGGACCUGGGAUUAGUCGGCUCUAUCGGCCAAGGGCUCUUGAGUGAACGGAUUUCAGCCUGCUAUGCUGCCCGAAAUCCCGUCACGGGAGUCAAAUGGGGAUCGCGUCGGAGAAAGGCCGGCAUGUGGAGCGUUCUUGCUGCCGACCUUUGGCUCAAACUCGGCCGGCCCUCGCUGGCAUCCGCGUGCCUCGAAGAAGCAGAACGUCUGUAUGCAGAUGUAUUGGAUGGCGAUGGCGCAUUCCCCAUGCCGGAGAUUCAGGCUUUCAUCGACAAUCUACGACACGCCGUGAAAGUGGAAUAUCUCGAGACGAGGGGACUCGACACGCAGGAUCAUACCGUCCCGGCGGAUCCCCUGGAGACAGAAGAAACAAGUGAGAAGCUAGACAGGCGCAAGAACCGACGAUCACUGAUGACCAAUCCGUUGGACUCAGCGGGAGGGUUCAAUCUAGAGCAAGGCAUCAGGGAUAAUGAUAACCCGGCCAAUGACGAUUUUGAACGAGCAUAGGUACUAAGAGGUCUUACGGGCGUAUGAGAGGAUAUUCGGUAUUUAAUAGACAUUCGUGAGCAAUGAACAUUGUGAUUG